CGCGGGGCCGGGGGCGCCGCCACCUGCGCGGGGAACAAAAAGAGGGGAAUAACGGCCGCGCGCGGAGAGCGGCGGCGGCGCGCGCCCCGGGCACCUCGGCUCCCGCCAGCGGCCGCGGAGGAAGAAAUGGAGAUGAUGACUGAGAAACAGAGAGAUAAUAGGUAUUUCUGGAACAACACUCCUCAAAAAAGUGAUUUUGAGGCUGUAGAAGCCCUGAUUUCUAUGAGUUGCAACUGGAAAUCAGACUUCAAAAAACAUGCAGAAAUGAGACCUAUAACUCCAGCAUCUGAUUUCUCAGAAGAGAGUGAUGAGACUUUGCUUCCUGGAGCAGCAGACUUUAACAUGAUACCAGCAUUUUGCCUUACACCUCCCUACAGCCCUUCUGACUUUGAGAUGUCUCAGGUGGUCCAUCCAGGGGUCCAUCCUGGGGCGCCCACGCCCACUGCAGCGCUCGGCAGGUCACCGGCUGAGGCAGGGAAGCCUCCAGCUGCUGGGCCUCUGAAAGCUCAAGCCACGAGUGUUAUCCGCCACACGGCUGAUUCUCAGCUUUGUAAUCACAAAACCUGCCCAGUGAGAACAGCCAGUGUGCUGAAGUACCAGGACAGCGUUUUGAGGGAAACAAACAGUAAACAAAAUGCUGAGGCAGAGCAGUCGGCGUGUCCCGCCGUGGCGCCGAGCGGAGCCGGUGAUGAGAGCGGUGAACUGCAGGUGGCAGAAGGAAAAACCGCAGAACCAGCUGUCGGUCUGGUGCCCUUGACAAAGCCCCCGGUCAGCAGACAUCAGCCUGUCCCCGGGUCAGCUCAGCAGUCAGCGAGGAUGGCAUCACCAUGCCCUGCCCAAGGCAGUGGAGCCCCCCCUGUGCCAGUGAUUUGCCAGAUGGUCCCUCUGCCUGCAAACAACAAUGUGGUGACAGCCGUGGUGCCCAACAGCACGCCAAGCCAGCAGCCAGCUCUCUGUCAGCCCAUGGUCUUCAUGGGUACCCAAGUUCCCAAAGGGGCUGUUAUGUUUGUUGUACCCCAGCCAGUUGUGCAGAGCACAAAAGCUCCCAUUAUUAGUCCCAACGGCACGAGACUCUCUCCCAUUGCCCCUGCUCCUGGCUUCGUACCUUCUGCAGCAAAAACCGCUCCUCCGGUUGAUUCUUCAAGAAUAAGAAGUCACAUCUGCAGCUACCCAGGGUGUGGGAAAACGUACUUCAAGAGCUCCCAUUUGAAGGCUCACGUCAGAACACACACAGGAGAAAAGCCAUUUAGCUGCAGUUGGAAAGGCUGCGAGAGAAGGUUUGCACGCUCUGAUGAACUGUCUCGCCAUCGCAGAACACACACUGGGGAGAAGAAGUUUGCCUGCCCCAUGUGCGAGCGGCGGUUCAUGAGGAGCGACCACCUAACGAAGCACGCGCGUCGCCACUUGUCAGCCAAGAAGUUGCCCAACUGGCAGAUGGAAGUGAGCAAGCUGAACGACAUCGCCCUGCCGCCCGCGGCCGCAGCUGCGCAGUGAAAGAACUUGCUCCGAAGACGGUGGAAUUAACUGUUGUCACUGGGAUGUGCCAGCUGAAAAAAGGCUUUUGCUCCCGGUCUGUGUCUCUCCCACGCCGGCUGCUGGUGGCAGCGCAGCCGAGAGGCGAAGGCAGCCUGUGCUUGGUCACUAAACGUGUUGCUGGGAGAACUGGUGGCUGACUGGAAUAGUUGGGUGUCUUUUGCACUGGUAAGGAGAGAGAGAGAGAAAGGGAAGGUUCUAGAGCAGAGCAGCACACAUUGUGCCAGUUUUGACUUUAGCAAGUUAUUCGCGUAAACUCUAGCUCAGUCACGUGUGUUACUGAAAGUUUGCGGCUGGUGCUUGAGACCAGCUCCAGGUUUAAUGUUGGGUUGUCAAUCUGCAGUACAGCAUGGACUGGGAAGACAGCAAUGCAUGGGCACAGGCUUGAAAGCCCAGAACACACCCGCGUAAGAUAAUCUAAAUAGGUUUCCCUACUUUUGCCACCUUUUCUUGAUAGGAAUCCUUUCCUCCUAUCCAUUUUCGGGCCCAGACAUUAGUGAUGAUUUGGUGCCAGACUCCUGGAGAUUUCCUGCCUGUCCUUCUGUACAGGGUGUCCAACACACCCAGCUUUAUACCGCUGUCCAGGGGAGGCUCGGGAAGGGUGCUGAGGGGCACCACGUGGGCAGCUGGAGAGUGGGAGCAUUUCUGAAUCCUCAUGAGCUUUGUAAUAUUUUCCCAGCUUCUUGGCAAGCUUUGUGAUGAUUACAGUUGGUUGUACCUGGGCAUCACACGAUGCUUCUGCUUUUGUGUUGGUUACGGUUCAUAAACAGAUACAGUGCACUUUUAAGAGAAAUAAUGGAACUGUAAACUACCCAGGUUGAUUAAGGAAGAAAACCAAGAAAUUUAAGCUUCUUGAUUGUGUUAUUCUCUGAAAGAUGGUUUCUAUGAAAAAUGAAAUGCAUAUAUUAUGUAUUGUAUUGAACUAGAAAGUUGUGAUUCAAAAAGUAAAAUAAGGCAGUAAAGACACCGGCCUAGGAUUUAAACUGUAGCUUUUAUGGCAAAUAAUGCAUCAACUUUCACUAUUUCUAUUUUAUCUUAUUAUGUUGAGGACACAUAUCAAAAAGUGGACAGUUUGAGAAUAGUGUAUUAGAUAUGCUUUUUGUGACUACUUUAAAGAUUUGCACAUUUCUUAUGUUGUACUUUAUACUUUGUUUACAAUAAAACAAAUUUUCUUUAA